AUCUAUCGAUCGAUAGCCAUACACGUAGUAACAGUAUAGUAGUGAUGGUAAGGGAUGUGGUGGUAGUGUUACGACUCAACUGACAGACAUACAGUACUGGACAGACAUAUUGUAUAUAUAUAAUUGGUAUUUAAAUAUAAAAUACCUGUUAUUUUUUUUCGGUCACAUAUAAACAUAUAUUAAGUUAAUUAUGUCAACUCCCGGUGCCGCCGCUACCCUAUUGGUGUUCAUCACCAUCAGCUACCUAUCAUUGUUUAUAAGCCAUACCGAGUGUUCAGACGAUUACGUGUUCAAACACCAUAACAAUCAGGAACUAAACGAUUUACUACAAGCUGUACACCGACGGUGUCCACAUAUAACCAGACUGUACGAACUCAAGGAGCGCAGUGUCGGCGGUUGGCCGCUAACAGUCAUCGAGCUAUCGGAUAAUCCCGGCCGACAUGAAUUUUUGGAACCGGAGUUCAAAUAUGUGGCUAAUAUGCACGGAAACGAAGUCCUGGGUCGGGAACUGUUACUGAAAUUAGCCCAUUAUUUGUGCGAUGAAUACAGUAAUGGUAACGAAAUCAUUCAACACUUGUUGAACACUACUCGCAUACAUCUGAUGCCGUCACUGAAUCCGGACGGCUGGGACCUGUCGACCAAUAACGACAUGAAAGGCCGCGACUGGCUGUUGGGCCGAUCGAACAAAAACGGUGUCGACAUUAAUCGCGAUUUUCCCGAUCUGGAUGUUAUUGUCUACGAAGAUCGUAGCCAAACGGGUAAUGUUUUUUCGCCGGAUGUCGUCGAUCAUAGUCUACAGCCCGAAACCCGGGCAGCCAUGCAAUGGAUACUAAACAAUCCGUUUGUCUUGUCGGCCAACCUUCACGGCGGCGCUCUCGUAGCUAACUAUCCCUACGAUGAAAGUCAAGACGGAAGCGCCAGUUCCUAUACGGCUUCGCCAGACGACCAGACAUUUAGAUAUUUGGCAAAUGUCUAUGCAUUGACCCACAAGACUAUGACAACCGGCGAGAAGAUCCGGUGCGACAAUGACGACGACUUUACCAAACAGGGAGGCAUAACCAACGGUGCCGCCUGGUACAGUGUAUCGGGCGGUAUGCAAGACUUUAACUAUCUGGCCAGCAAUGAUUUUGAGAUAACACUGGAAUUAGGUUGCAAUAAGUAUCCGCCGGCGGGACAAUUGCCAGCCGAAUGGGACAACAAUCGGGAAGCGCUUAUCAAAUAUAUACAACAGUCACAUUUGGGUAUCAAAGGAGUGAUAGUCAAUGCCAGAACCGGUGAGCCAGUAGUGGGCGCAACAGUUAAAGUGAAAAACGUGACCAACGGUGUCAACAAACUUAUCACUCAUGACAUCCUAUCUGUUCAAAACGGCGAAUACUGGCGACUGCUGACGCCGGGCACCUAUGAGGUGCUGGCCGUCAAAGAUGGCUACGAACCGGACGCGCAAACUGUAAUCGUCAACAAUGGCCGACCGAACGAAGCCGGGCGUUUGGAUUUUAAAUUGCAGCCCAUCGUCGCCGACAAUGAGGACAUUAUGAUGGCGGCGGUCGACCCGCAACAACAACAACAGGCGAUGGCUCCGGGCGAUUAUUUUGGCUAUAGACAGGUGCCCACCAUCGGUGGUGGUGGUGGUGGUGGGACUGGCGGUGACAUUGAUCUCAAUAAUCCCGAAGUGUUGCGAAUCUUGAGUUUCCUGCAGAGAGCCGGUGGUGGAGGAGGAGKAGGAGGAGGCGCUGGUAAUGGUGCCGCUCAAAAUGAUGGGCGAGUGGUGGGCGCUAAUUGAGAGGACCAAACAUAUAUAUA